AAUUUCUCCUCCCUGCAAACGGCACCAGCAGCACAGCUCCAGCCCUCCCUGGGCCCUGUCCUGUCCUGGGGAGAGCAGGAGCUGCCCCUCGGGAGCUGCUGUUCCUCUCUCUGUAAACAUCUCAUGCUCAGACAUUUACAGAUGCACAACUGCACCAUGGAAUGCGACCUCCAGCCCAGCACUGGCCACAGAAACUCCUCCUGCUCCAGCUCAUCCCCUGAACAAUAAAACCUUGAUUUACAGCCCUGAGGAGCAAACCCAGCAGGCUCUGUCUCACUGAGAGCAUCUGGGGGACUGCUUGGUCUGAGGGAAGGGUUGAUGGAGCUGCUCACGCUUCUGCCUCCUCCCAGCCACCCUCUGGCUCGUGGAGAGGCAGAAAUUUGGCACGGAUUUCCCUCCUGGUGCACUGCAAAACCAGCAGUCAGGGCAGGAAAUCCCCCUCAGCUCCGAGGGUGGUGGGUUUUAGCACCAGACCUCCCUGCAGAAGGAUGUGAGCAGUUCUCACAGCCUGACUGAACACCAGGAGAGAAACCCGAAGCUGCUGAGGAAGGAAAUCUGCUGCAGCCACAGUGAAACCCUGUUCUGAGCUCAGCUUGCUCCGCAUCAGUGCUGGAAUUGCACCCAGCAGUCGCUGAAAGGCCAUCGCAGCAUUGAGGCAAGCUGAUCAUUUGCUUUUUCAGAUAAAUAUAGAUAUUUUGGCCAAAUGAAGAUUUUUCUCAUCGUUCAUGAAUUUACAGUAUUUAAGCAAAGGGAUGGAAUGUCCUGCAGCCCUGACAAGGAUACAGUUUCAUAAAUAACCCUCUUGACGUGGAUGAAAUGAACAUUUUUUGAGGUUUGGGGUAGCAGGGAAUUUAUUUGCUUGUUUUAAGGCAACCAGGUCUCUUAUUUUCCCUCUUACCAAUGGGUAGAACAUUUCUGCUGGCUUCUCUGCUCAUGUCCCUCCAAGCUAGCAUUCCACAAAGCUUUUCCACACCUUUGGCUGCAGGUGAGGGCUUCCAAAAUCCCGUAGGAUUUAAUUGCAGUGGAGCAGAUAAUGAAUUGAUAAUGAAAUGAAACAGGGAAUACACCAUGAGCUGCAAUUAUGAUUUGUAAUCACUCAGAAUCUUUGUGCUGUAAAUCUCUAUCUGCAAUAUACACAGAAAUUUAUUGUGGAUGAAGGAGCCUGAGAGGGUUCUCUAGCACAGGGAGGUUUUUUUUCCUGUUAAAGCAGUGACAGUCUCAGAGGCACAGAGACAAAACAAAGAUUUGCAGUGGAGGAGCUGCACUGAGCUGAAAUUCCUCUGUUCUGUUCAUGUUGUUGUGCUCUCCUGCCUUCCCCAUCCCUCCCAGCUGUCUCCAGUGACACUUUGCAAUUUUUUUUUCCACUCUUUGAUUGGUUUUCUGGAUUGUCUGAGGCAAUUGCUUGAAUUCUUUUUUGGCAUGUGUUGUUUUUGCUUCUCAGUUAGGUUUAUCUGACUUUUUUGGCUGGUAAGACACUGCUGUUUUCUCCCCAGCUAUUUUUACAAUGUCUGCUUCAAAAGAAAUACUCUGUGUCUCUGCACCAGGAGCUUUCUCAGCUCCUUUUAGUGACAGAAUGGUGCAAAGCAACAGUUUUUGAAUGGCCAUGUGACCAUCCCAGGAGAACUAAACAGAACAAAAUGUCUUAGUGAAAAUAAUUUUUUUUUAAUUUAAUCACCAGCUGCACACUGCAGAUCAGUGAGGGGCAUAUUCUUUUAAGUCACAAAAGUUAAUUGCAGUCAAAGAGUGGCUCUGCUUCCAGCUGCAGGAGUUGGUCUGGAAUGAGUGGGCAGUGGCUCAGGGCCUGGGCUCCCAGUGGCUUUUCCAGAGGGAAUGUUCAUCAAAAGGCAAAGCACAGCUCAGGGGCUGAGCACUAAACAACCACAAACAGGAAAUGAAAUCAAACAAACAAACCAAAAAUGAGAUGUAAGAAUCAAAGAGCCCAAGCAAGCACAAAAAAAGGUGUCUGUGCCCAGAUUGUCUGCGAGCAGCCAGAGGUUUCAGAGGGGCAUUGCACACUUGCUGAACAACGCAAAGUGCAAAAAGAGAGUCUUGGUCAGGGUUGGCAGGUCAAGGCAUGCAGGGGCAGAAAGGUUUGGAUGUGGGAUGAGUUUGGGUGGGAGCUGCUGCUGCAGGGACUGCAGGGCUUUGUUUCAGCCAGGGCUGCUGAGAGCAGCAAACCUCCCCAGCCCAGCCCCAACAGAGCCAGGGGGAUCUGUCCCUGCUCCUCUCGGUGUGUGCCAUCCCCAUCUUCCCUCCAGCUGCCUCCAGGGACACUCUGCAAUGCUUUUUGCCAGUCUUUGGGGCUAUGUGAUUGUUUGAGGGGAUUAUUUGGGUUUUUUUUUUUUUUGAAUAAGUGUCAUGGAAAGCUGCCCUCUCACUAUUUGCUUUGGUUCCUUGCACUAGGAAUUUGUGGAAUUAAGGAGCUGUGGAUUAACCAAAAGUGUAUGUAAUCUCACAGCUUCUUCAGCUAAAUCCUGAGCUCUCAGAGUCUGUAUUUAAAGUCAUGAGGUCACCACUUUUAUGCAGUUCCAAGAACACAUAACGUGUUUUUUUCCAACCCAAAUCCCUUUUUUGGUGUUGCCCUUGUAAAUCCUUGACAACUGGACUAACAACAGUGUCAUUUGGAGUGAGUGACAGCUGGACAUAGGAAAAGGGAGGGAAUAUUUUGGUGUCACUGGCAUAGAGUAGAGACAAGAUGUACUUGAGUGAAGCAGCUUCAGAGGAGCUGCCUGAGCCGAGUCCCAAACACCUCCUGCAAGGCAGGGCAAGGCUCUGUUUACAACACAAAUUGGUUUUUAAGUGAUGCAAAUUGCUUUGGAAGCUGCUGUUACCUCACACUGUGCAAGAAACCCUCCAAGCCUGGCAGUGUCUCCUUUUCCUUCCCACAAACUCAUCCUGCCCUGGGAUUCCCUGUUCCUCACAGCCAGGGGCACUCGGUGCUCUGGGGCUCUCAGGCACAGGGUCCCUCAGAGCAGAGCACAGCCAGGAUGUUCCUGUGCUUUCAGAAGGGAGAUGAACAUCUGGGCAUUCCUGUGUAGCAGGGGGAUUUUUAUCCUGGGUGCUGUGUGGGAAUUCUGGGGAUAAAUGAGUUUAUCCAGUGCCUCGUGGUCCCUGGUGUCACAUCAGCUGAUUUGGGGUAACUCAGCCGUGUGGGGCUCCUUGGUGCUCUGCUUGCAGAGAUGUGAGACUCAGGUAGGUGAGAAGAUGAAAUUUUCCUGUAGCUCAGGUGGUUUAGUGGGGUCUCACUUGUGGCUCGUGGCUCCUGUCCUGCCAGUGCCCCAGGAGCUCCAUCUCAGCUCUCACACCACUCCAGGAGCUGAUCUGAUCCAGCUCAGCAAAACUCAGCCAGAUUUGGAACCUGCUGCAUUCCCAGUGCCCCCCAGGUGGAAACUUCCAGACCCAACCAUGCCCAGAGGGUUGACUCUCUUUUUUUCUCAAAUACACAGAAUUAUGUACUCAGUGCCAAAAGCCAGCUUGGAUAUUUUGAUUUAUUAUGCAUUUUCCAGGUGAAAUCCAGAAGGGAUAAUGCUGGUUGAUGUCAGAUAAUGUGGGAUAUAAAUGGAGAGGUUUCUCUCUGAGGCUUCUCUUGUUUGCUAUCAGUGAGCAGCAGUUUUCACCCUACCAGGCAGAGGAGAUAAAGUAAAAAACCACCAUUUCCAGCCUGCAAAAGCCCAGCCUAUGUGGAAUCAGCUCAAUUAUUUCAACUCAGUCUGCAAGGAAAAGCAGUUCCUAUCUCAGAAUUACAAUUACAUGGGAACGUGAACUGCAAUUUCUCUCCUUAUUAAUGGAAUAUAACAAUAAAAUAUGGACAACGACGAUGCAUCAGUUCCUGGGGAUUUGAAAAAACUCUUGGCAUGAGGGAUCUUUAAACAUAAUCUGGCUUUAUUUCAUUAUUUUAAUAUCAUGCCUUGAACUGAGAUUGAUCUUGUUUGAGAGUACUGAUGCAGCAUUUAGAGCGAUAACACAGAACAUUUCACAGGGGAAAUGCUUCUCAUAACUUGUCACUAACUGGGUCCCAAAAUCCAGGGACACUUUGUGCUAAUUACUGAGCAUUGCCAUUAACAAAGCCAAACCCGUGCUCUGAAAAAUGAGUUCAGAACCCAGGAAAUUCAUAAAAUGAACUUAAGGCACCAAACCAAUGAAAAAAACCCAAUGGAGGAUCUUUUUUGCUUUGACUUUUUUUGAGUUUUCACAUUAAGCAGUGUUAGAUAUAAAAAUAUUAUCAACUAAAUUGUUCUUAUUUUCCUGAUUGAGAAAAUGGUUUUAUUUUCCUGAUUGAGAAAGAACUGCUCUGAGUGACGAAGCUGACCAGAAAAUGCAAGUUUUUUUAAAAUGCACAGUACUCUAAAUGAUUAAAUCAAUUUUGGUGGAAAAUUUGCAAGGCAAAAAAAAAAUCAAUCCAAUGUAGUGACUCCAUCAAGGUAAACACGCCCAGGUGCUAACUGAGCCUGAGCUGCAGGUCCUGGUGCUGAGAAGGAAAAUUACUGCAGAUUAAAAUAUUGCUGCAACUUCUUAACACUUCCACAAAGCUACAGCUUAAUUCACCAACAGCUUCAAUGUCACAACCUCAUUUUCCAAACCCCAGCUCCACCUGAUUUAGAUAUCUGAUCAUAAAAAAUUCUGUAUUUAAAUGUGGGGUGUUGCACGAAUUAAUUCUGGUUUAAUUCUUCCCAUUUUCUUUCCUUUCCCAACCACCCCUGUGGUCCAUUAUGGACCAGAAGCCCUUUAAAUAUCCAGAUUUACUCCAUGGUAGGCUCUGCUCUGGCCUGGGGUUGCUGCUCUCCUGGGCACCAGAACAAACCCAAAAACUCAUCUGCAGAUGUGGAUCAAAGGUGGAGGCAUAAACCAACUCUAGUUGUGCUUAUUGGCAAAGCAGGACUUAGAAUAUUCCAGAUUUUCCAGAUUGCUGCCCCAAAACAAUCAAUGAAGGAAAAGAACACUCAUUUUGGAGAUAAAAAAAAAAGCUGCUGUGUGAGCACAAAGUGAGCUGCAGAAAUCCUAUUGAUUGAUCUGCUUGUACCUUGAACUGUUUGCAGAAGUGCAGGGUAAGAACCUCAGAUAUGAGCACUUUCCAUGGAAAUGCCUGUGCAAAGGGAGCAUUUUGAAAUAUUUGUUGUGGUUUGUAUUGAUUUUUAAAGAUGCCAAGUGGUGCCAGACAGUGGCAUGGAAAGCUCUGCCACCUCAUUAGGCUGUUUCUAAUUAAAACAAAACAACCAAGAGAAGCUGCCCUCUUUCUCCCUGCAUGCCUCAGGCCUGAGGAGCUCUUUGGGGUCCCUGGGUUGGGAUUUUGGGAGCUGCUGAGGAGGAAUGGAUGUGUCACUGAAGGUCCAGACCCCAAACCCUUUCUUGGCACCUCCAAAGCCGCAGCUCCAAAAAUUUCCAGGUUAAAUCUGAAGCCCAGGAGCUGCCAACACUUCUGAAUUUCAGCUUAGCCUGAAUGACUCUCAUUUAGGGCAGCCUGGGGGAGCUUUUCCAAGGCAGGAAAAGCAGGAGAAGCUCUCCAGGAAAAUCUGGGGAUGUGGGGAGGGCUGGGGAUGUUCAUCACUCGGAGCCCAACCCAGCACAGGGAAGCUGAAGGGUUUCCCACCUCUCCUUUGCUGUGAGCUCACACCUGGCUCAGAAUUAAACCCAGCACUACAAACAAGCUCCUGGUGUUGCUGGUUUUGAUAAAGGAAGAGAAUUGUGCACAUUUUAUUCCGGUUAUCUCAUGGAAAAGGGUUGGAUGGGAUGGGUUGUUUAAUUCCCCACAGCUGCCUCCCAAUUUUAGCACAUUCAGCUACAACAUCCAAAGACUUGAUUUAUAUUAAUACAUCUGAUAUUAAGAAUGAUAUCAUCAGACUAAAAAAAUUGAUACAGGCUUGAAGAAGCAGCUGACCCUUGUGCUUUAUGGUAUAAAUUACCUUGGGAAGAAGGAAGUUGUUUGUAUUAAGAUUUCUUGCACCUUUCUCUGUUGUAGCAGGAGAGUUUUAUCAGCUCAUGGCCCAUUAAAAACCUAUUUUUAGAACCAAAUGUUCUCCCUCUCCACCCCCUGGGCUGCCCUGUCAGACUGAAAGUGUUCUCUGGGAAAUAAAUCCAAGUGGGCUGAUUCACUGUGCACAAGUGUGGCAGAAAUCUGAGCUCAGGCUCUGCCUCUGAGGCCAGCUCAACUCGUUUGACCUUUGGCUCACAUAAAAUAUUGUUUUUUCCUUCCUCAAUUGUGUAAUAAAUAAAGGAUCAAGGAGUGAAGAAUUGCAAAUAAUGUUAUCAGGGAGAGUUAUGGGAUCCUGAAGCAGCUUCUGAGGGAUCUGGUGCUUCUUCAUCAAGGGCCACUAAUGAGGAGUUGGUGUUUGCAGCCUUGAGUUCCCUCCAAUCUGGGCAGGAUAAAAUCCCAUGAACUGCUCUGGGCUGGCUCAGGAGUGUCUGAUCUGAUUGAUAUUCCCCAUUUCCAACAUUUCUGAGGGAAUCUGUACCCAAGGAGUUUGUACAGAACCCCCAGAGGAGCUGUUCCACAGCUGUGAGAGGUAGAGGGUGGGAUAGAGGGAAUCUGGCCCAGGAAAAAGGAGUCACCAGAAAUUCCUGCUUCACUCUGGAGCAGAACAAACCUCCCCCUCCUUCAUCCUCCCUCUGAUAUCUCCAGUAUUUUCUGCUGACUUCAGGCACAAACAGAAGUGCCAAGGCUUUGUCAUUUCAUCAGCUGCACACAAGCUAGUUCUUUAUUUGAUAGGAAGUGUUGGGAUGUAAAAUCACCAGAAAUCUUGACUUUGAGAUGUUCACUCACCACAAGAGGCACAAAUCUGGCCUUGGAGGAAAGCCCCCAGGAAAAUUCCCGGGCCAAAAGCCAAAAUCUCUUCAUUCUUCUUGACAUGUUUGUUCACAGUCUUAAUUUAAUGAAAUCUAAGGGGACUCAUUAAUGAUUCCAGUGCUUUUGUCUCCUCUGUCUCCAUCAGAUAAUCCUCCACCUACCCCUAGUCCCACUUGAAAGCCAUUUUUGUAAUUAAUUUUCUAAAAUAAAUUUAUUUAAUUUACACACCAUUUACUCUGCUUCUCUAUUGUCUAAUGAAGUAAAAAAAAAAACCCAAAAAAUGGGAUUGAAAUGAACUUGCCAGACAAUGGAACUGUUUCUCGACUUGCUCUUCUGAUAAGAGUUUAUUUGGUUUGUUUUCGUGAAUCUUUGCCUUUGUUCUUUGGGUUAACCUGGGGAUUUUCAGCACAGGGGGAGCAUAAAAUAAAAGUAAGUCUCUUAUAGCCAGGGCUGGAAUCCCCUUAGUUUGGGAAUACUGCACAGAGCUCUCCCCUUUUUAAAUUUCAACCUUCAGGGGGCAAGCAGGCUGUAAAAUAUGACAUUAUUUAUAUGCACAAGCCCAUUGGGCUUUCUUUGGAUUUCCUUCUGCAAAUCAGGUUGCUGGUUUUCCUAUUACUAUCACAUUAAUUAAAGACUGUUAAGAUAAUUAAUAUGACAUUAAUGAAAAGGUGCUGCCCACUCAUUAAUGGCUGCUCAGCUGAUGAAUGUCUGUAUUUCCAGCUCUCCUGACAUGGAUAAAUCUGGAUCAGUCAAGGACUGGAUCAAGCAGAGCCUUCAGCCCCAGAGAAGUUCCCCAAGGCAAGGCUGGACUUCCAACCUGGGCGCAGCCACGCUGAAGUGGGUGGUGAGGAAGGUCCAUCGAGCUGCUCUGCACUCUGCUGGAUUUCAACACGAGGCACGAUGGGGCUUUUAUAUAAAAUGAGAAGUGGAGAUCCUCUGGAAGUUUAUUUGGUCUCUUCACUCUUCCUCUGUGAUGAAGACAGAAUGAGAGACAGAAAACCAGUGAGGAAAGGAAAUGACUCUGGGAAACCACUAAAGGCCUUGGGACCAGAACUUUGUUUCCUUCACCUCCCAGAGCCAAGCUCCAGCCAGAGGCUUCCCAGGAAACGAUGUCUCACCUCCUCUGUGCCUUACUGUCCCUGUUUUCCUUUGCUGCCCUACUGGAAAGUGCCCAGUGGAAACUGCAGGAAAAUGUGUUUGUGGUGGAUUCCCGGUGGGACGCCGAGGCCGCGGCCACCACGGUGGAGCUCAGCUGUGGCAGCUCUGAGGAGGCAGUGUACUGGAGGAAGGACUCGGAGGGCAAGCAGAAAGGGAAGACUCUGAGCGUGGCCGUGAAGGAGCUCCCGGACGCCGGCAACUACAGCUGUGUGAGCGAGGAGAGCCACCAAGUGCUCAGCUCCAGCCUCCUCCUCAUCGCCAGGAUCGGCCCCGACGGCCACCUCCUCAGGGACAUCCUCAAGAGCUUUAAGGAGCCCAACAGGACGUUUUUGAAGUGCGAGGCAAAGAACUACUCAGGAAUUUUCACAUGUUCCUGGAUGACAGAAAAUAAUCCAAAUGUGAAGUUCACCAUCAGAAGCCUGGAAGACCCCCAGGGAGACGUGUCCUGCAGCAGCCCCGUGGCCCUGAGCGAGGGGGCCCUGACCACCUACACGGCCCAGUGCCACAAGGAGAACUUCUGUCCCUUUGCUGAGGAGCACCAGCCCAUUGACAUCCUCCUGGAGGCCAUUGAUGAGGUGUUAUAUGAGAAUUACACCGCCAGCUUCUUCAUCAGGGACAUCAUAAAGCCUGACCCCCCCCAGUGUCAGUACGUGGCCACCAAUGGAACAGUGACCUGGACUUAUCCCAGGACCUGGAGCACCCCAAACUCCUACUUCCCUUUGACUUUCAAGGUCAAAGUUAAAAGCACAAAGAGACGCAGAUACCAGGUGUACGACAGUGAGGAGCAGUCUGUGCAGCUGCCAGCCCCCGGGCCAGCAGAGGUGUGGGUGCAGGCCAGGGACCGCUGCUACCUCAGCUCCUGGAGCCAGUGGUCCUCACUCUGCAGAUAACCAGUAAGGAGGGUGGCACAGUGCUCCUAGAGAAAGCAGAGAAAGAAUUAGCACAAGAACAGAAGCACAAUUAGAAGAAAAGUCUCUAUUUGAGAUCCUUAAGAAGCUAUAACUUGGUUUUUUUUUUUUUUUGUUUUGUUUUUUUUUUUUGUAACAAUUGAAUGUGGCCCUGAUUUUGGCAGCUCCUAAAUCCCCCAGAUUCAAGUUACACUUUUAGCAUCCAUCAUGUUACGUUAAUAUGAUUUUGACUGGGGUCUGGCAGCUCUUGUUGUAUGUCCUUCAUAUUAUUAUUAUGCCUUUAUUUAUCUCAUAUUUAUUUAUUUGUUAUUUAUUUAUCUAGUAUUUAUUUAAUUUAUUUUAUUUGUUUAUAUAUUUAACAUUUAUUUAUUUAUUUAUUUAUUUAUUUAUUUAUUUAUUUAUUGACUUGCAAGGCCAGGGGAUGGCAGUUGCUGUUCAAACCACUGCAUGUGUUAACUUAUUUGGAAAGUCACUUCCUGAAAGAACUGCUUGAAUCUUCCAUUGUUUAAUGGGUCAAUUCUUUGUUUAUUUAAUAUUUAUUAGUAUUUAUUUCUGUGGGACUGUGCAAGCACAGAAAGCCUUGGCUGCCCGAGCAGCUGGGUGUGGGGUACCCAGGCCAUCCUCAUCCUCCAGGAUAUUGGGGAAGAGAAGGAAUUACAGGUGCAGGGCCCUGGGGAUGUUUCCUGCUGCCCUGUGUCAGCUCUCUGUGCCCACAGCUGCUGAUGCCCAGCUCCAUGAGGGAUCCAUGGGGCUGGAGCCCACUGGGAGCACUGGGAGCACUGGUGUGAAGGCAGCUCUGAGCCUCCUCCCAUCCCUCAGGAGCACGGAAGGCACUGGGAGCCAGGAGCUGCAUUUGUCACCUCCUGUGGCCUUCUCCGUGCUCCAGCUGUGCUGUGGAACAGCUGGAAUUUCGUGGCCGUGGGAUGAAUUCCACAGGAGCAUCACAGGAGUCAGGAACCCCCAGGGCAGCUGGAACUGCACCCCAGUGUCUGCAAUCCCCCAGAGCCCAGCUGGGAGCUGGCUCUGUGUGCAUGUUCAUGAUCUCACGGAAUCAGACACUCAGGAUAGGGAUUUCUGUAGCCCAGAAAUCUCACAGAACCUCAGGGAAAGCUCCUGGCACAGCCAGGGCCCAGCUCUGGGAGGAAGCAGAAGCAGAGUUGAAAUUUUUGUAUUUUUCAUGGAGUCCUGGAAUUGUUUGGGUUGGGAGGACCUUGAAGCUCAUCUGUUCCAGCCCUGUGUGGGCAGGGACACAUCCCACUGUCCCAGGGUGCUCAGAGUUCCAUCCAGCCUGGGCCUGGACACUGCCAGGGAUGGAUCCUUUGUCAGAACACUGAGCCCUCACUUCCAGGAGGGCAAAAUACUCUGAAAUAUCUCUGAGGACUCAGGCCUUAACCUCUGAUACAGAAUCACUGACAUUAAAGUCUUCCAUUGCAACCAUACUUCCUUUUCCCCAGUCUUAGCCAUGGGUGUUAAUUUAAAGAUAUUUAAGAUAUUUAAACAUUGAAAUGUGUGAAGUAUCUGAUAUUUCAGAAAACUGCUGAUAAUUUAUUUACAGGUCCUGUUGGUAUUUUUUAAGUUUACAUGUCUUAUUUUGGCUAUAAAGGCAACUUACGUGCUUGUUUACAAAGGAGCUAAUAAUAAAUACACCUGAAAA